ACAGUAGUUCGGAGUUCUAUGAUUCUUGGUUUAUUUAUGACAUAUUUAUGUUUUUUUAUUGAUUUAUUCCAUAUUCCAUUUGAUUCCAUUCUUUGUUUUUGUAUUUGGUAAUUUUACAAAGUUAACAUUUUUCAAAAAUCCUGUGAUUUCCAAUAAAACUUGAUAAAGCUAAUCAUUUUUCAUAUUUCACAUAAUUUUUGUUCUAUGAAGUAAUAGUUGACAGAAAGAAAGUUAAUUGGGAUAUAUUUAAAUUAGGAAUCUUAUCUAUUUUCAAUUAUUAUUAAGAACAGUGUUGAAACGUUAUUAUUGAAACUGUAUUUAAAAAAAAUGUCAGAUUUAGUUUCCAAAUGUGUUUUACGUGUUGAAGUGAAUGACUCCAGUGAAAGUAAUAAUGGCACGCAAGGAGCAGAAGCUCUUGCCCAAAAUGUUGAUCCGAAACAAAAAAACCAUGGACGACGUAAAGUUCGUGACAUAAGUGUUGAAACCUUCCCUAGUCGACUUGAAACUCCUCGAGAUGACUGGGGUCUUUUACCUAUAUCAUCAAGGGAACAGACCCCUUUGACUGAGAAAGAUGCUAUUGAAUUAGCAGAAGAUAAAGGGGAAAUUGGGUUUUUCAGUGGUAAUCCUUUUGUUGAAAUUACAAAAGGAAUUUUACACUUAUAUAAAGAAGAUGUAUUAACUAGCAGAAAAGAUGCCCUUAGUUUAUGCUUAGUCGGGGUUCCAUGUUCGUUAACAUGCCAUGAUCUUUUAGCUUUCACAGCUCCUUGCCAUGCUGAUAUAGCUCAUAUUAGGGUUUUAAGGGAUUCUAUUCCUAAUCAAUAUAUGUGUCUGUUAACAUUUAGAAGUCACGAGUCUGCUUUGGAAUUUUAUUAUACGUAUAAUAGUGCACCUUUCAGUACUUUGGAACCUGAUAUUUUAUGUCGAAUAGUAUGGGUUUCUAGAAUUGAGUGGGCUCAUGAUGGAUUACCACCUCCUGGACAUACAGAGCUACCAAUGUGUCCAGUUUGUUUGGAACGAAUGGAUGAAUCUGUGGAUGGUGUUCUAACAAUUUUAUGUAAUCAUGCAUUUCAUGCAAGUUGUCUUGAGAAAUGGGGUGAUUCUACAUGCCCAGUGUGUAGGUGCGUUCAAAGUCCUGAACAAGCAGAAACUUCUGAAUGUGAAAAAUGUGGUAAAAUAGCACCAUCACCUGAUGCUUUGUGGAUUUGUUUAAUUUGUGGUCAUGUUGGAUGUGGCAGAUACCUUGGAGGACAUGCUGCUUCUCAUUACAUAGAAUCUGGACACUGUUACGCUUUACAGUUGGGAUCUCAUCGUGUCUGGGAUUAUAAAGGGGACAAUUUCGUACACAGGCUCUUACAAAAUAAAGCUGAUGGCAAAUUAGUUCCAUCAGAAGGACCUCCAUCUGAAGCCGAACAUGCACAGGAAAAGGUUGAUUCAGUGCAAUUAGAAUUCACUUAUUUAUUAACAUCUCAGUUAGAAGAACAACGUUUAUAUUUUGAAGACAGAUUAGCUUUAUUAGAAAUUCAGCUGCAAGAUGAAGCAAAACACUUACGAAAAGAACUUACUACAUUGUCUCAGGACAAAAAGCAGUUACAAAUAAAUGUCCAUGAUCUCACCAAAGAAAAACUAGCGCUGGAAAAGAAAUUACAACAACAAUCAUCAAAGCUAUCCACUACCCUACAUGAACUGAAUGAAGAGAAACAUUUAGGAAAAGCAUUAAGAAACAAUCAACAGCAAUGGCAAACAAAGUUAAAUAAUUUAGAAGAAUCGUUUAAGGAGCUAAAAAUUUCCAAAGAGAAAGAAAUCGCCGAUUUAAAAGAGCAAGUUAGAGAUCUCAUGUUUUUCAUUAAUGCCCAACAAGUUAUAGAGAAAUCAGAAGACAGAGAGGAUAUUGCUCAAGGAUCCGUUAGUAUUGGGGAAGCUCCCCAAACGUCGAAAAGCAAACAUCGUCGAAGGAAACAGAAAUAGAUUUUUUUUUUAUUUUAGAUCUAUAAUUUUGGCAAUAAAUUUGAGUAUACUUUUGGAAUUUUUUGUAAUUAUAUAGAAUAGGCAUUUUUAAAAUAGAAUUUUAUAUUUAUAGUUUAAUUUUAUUAUCUCCUCUGUUAAGUUUAUCAAUUAAUAUUUAUCUUGGUGUGUUGAUAAUUAUCUGAAUAUUAUAUUAAGACUUAUAUACAAAUUAUAUCUGAUAUUUCUUA